GUACAUCUGAACACGUUUUCGCGAAGCUGUCAGCCAGGAAAGAUAGUUCCGCAUCGUUGUUUACCUCUGCAUGUCUACAGAAGGCUCUCUCGAAUUCUGAGAUUAGGACAAAGUGGAUUGAAAUACUAGAUCGGGAAAAUGAGAAUCUCUGAGAGAGGAUGGCACGCUGUUUACACGGUCCUCUGCAUUUGUGUGCACUCGGCGAGUCAGACCAUCAUCUACGUUACCAAUUCAGGAUUCAACGUCCCGGAAGUCAACGACCCAAGACAAGCUUUCAGGGCCACAUCCGCCGAACAGUUUUCCCCAGAGUUCAACUACCAGAGGAAGCUGAUCCCUAUAAAGGCGCCUCGCGUGACGCAGUUCGUCAUGCGGCCUUUGGAACCGGAUGCGGAGAUGCUACCAGCUCACUACACAGGCGUCAAACCGCCUGGAGUCGAUCACAUGGAACUGAAAUACGCGGAGUCGAAGGUCCUGAAGAAUGCACCUAGCAUUCAACCGUUAAAAGAGUCUGAUCAGAGAAGAGCUACUCAACAGAUAUCCACGAAGAACGAAUCACCAGUUGAGGAAGGUCGAGAAAUACUCCAGAGAGCGAUUUCUUACGAAAAGAGGCAGAAGGGUGACGAUCAAAAGUACAAGAAGAAGACCGAGUACAACGAGUCUGAAGGAAAAAGGAAGACACACACCGAACAAGAUAACGAUUCGAAUCACAAAGAAGAUCAGGCUAAAGAGAAGGCAGGAACAGUCCACGAGAACAAUAGACGCGAUGGCGUGCACCGCAAAGCCCUUGGAUUUCAUAAUGUUUAUCACAAGGACGAGCACAAGAAAGAUCACGACUUCUACGAUAACGAUGAUCAAGGUGGACAUUCCAAGAAACACGGCCGGUACAAUGAAAAACACGUUGCCACGGAGGGCUCGUUUAAGAAGGGUGGCAAAAAGGGCUCGAGCAUCGAUGAAGCCGAACACCGCAAGGAGGAAACAGCGAAGAACUCCCAAGCCGUGAGGGAAUCCAAAGGUCGCGAGGCUGGUCGCGGUUACGAUGGAUUCUUUAAAAACUUCCAGGGAUUCGCGAAACAAGCCGGCAAAAACGAGGGUGAAAAGUUUGGCUUCGUCGAGACAAAAGCACGUUAGCUUGCUUCGAUAGAAGUGUCGUAUUAUGUACAGGAUCUUUGUAGAGUAUAUUUUAUUUUAUUGUA